GUUGUUACCGUGACGCUAUUUUAAUUACAAGGCCUGCUCUGGGGAACUUUUGGCACAUAGCCUUUCCCUUUGCUUCAUGGCAGGGAUCAUAAUUACAAAUCAUUUGACUGCAAAUUGACCGCAAGAAUCCCAAACAGAUAUAAUAUUUCACUGAAACGUAAUAAUUUAAAAUCUUGCUUACAUUUGUUUACGAUCAAGUCUCUCUAUAUUAUGCUUUUGAAUACGUGGAACAUAUUUCCCAAAUUAAAAUCACUUGCAGCUGAUCUCCUGGUGUUUUUAGUAUUUUAUGUCCAAAUAAUUUAAAAAUAUAUAUUUAUUCUUUUUUUGGCUCAGAAAACUUGGGGAGCAAAUAUAAAACAACCGUUGUUGCCAGUUGUGGAACCCUGGUUUAUGGUGUUAUUGGUGUAUAAUUGAGAACCACCAGGGUUGCCAGGUGAAGCUAAUAUUUUUUUUAACAAAUUACCUCUCAAAACCCACGUACAAGGCCUGAGAACUAUUCCUCCAUUUGUUCCACAGCAAGAGAGGAGUUGCCGCAUUUAUCCAAUAAACCCUUUUUUCCAUAACGUUAUCUAGCAGUUAGGAAGGAAUAUUGCCAUAAUUUGUAACGACAUAGGCUGAGGUAAAAUUAAAAUUUUCCAUCAAAUAAUGAUCUUUCUGAGUUUAAGAAUAUGUCGCAAGAGAAAAGAUCAUUCACCCGUGUUAAACAUUUUCCAUCAAUGGAUGUCGAUUUCACUUAUUUUGACUGCUAUAACUAAGCAAUAAGGCCCAAAGUGGUGUGGUAUAUGGCCAAUAUACCACGGCUAAGGGCUGUUCUUAGGACACAGAACAUUAGAUUGAUAAGCGUGAGUGCGCAGUGACGCCUGUUUGAACAAUGUAUUUGAUUAUUAUGGCCAUUUGUUUGUUUUAACCUGCUCAUCUCUACCUAUUUAUGUAACCACACUGACUUAAAUACCUCAUCCAAGUCCGUGUGGUUCCUCGUUCUGAAAAGACCCAAUCUGUGGCAGUCACAACCUCUUCCAGGUCCUAAUACUUAUAAUAGUUUGGUUAUUAUGUGCCAAAAGAGCAAGGAUGUCCUUGUUACUAAAGCCAAUUCUAAAGUAUAGUUUCACCAGUCAUCCAACUCAGGCAUUUCAAAGGCGGAGCACACAGCAACAGGGAGACAGGGAGGUAUGCAUUUAUUAACUAAAUCCCCUAGUUUAAUCUUGAAAUACAACUGCAACUUUAUUCUCAAAAUAUUGCCACUUUAUUCACAAAGUAAAAUAUUGACAUUAUUAAAAAAAAAAAAAUUCAAAUGUAUUCUCGAAAUGUCUCGACUUUAUUCUCUAAGGUUUUCAAGUACAAUCCGUGCCCAAAAAAAUCCAAGUACAAGUAUGUGAGGAUAUCUCUGGGGUGGUCUGAGGGAGGCUAGGCCCCCAAACGGCCUUUUCCUGCAAUCUUGAGCCAUAAUCACUAUGGUUAAUUCUAUGUCCGAAAUUUUUAUUUUUCUGUAUUUUUAAGCAUACAGUGCUUAAAUUCUCCCACGGUUGUUCAGUUUGGCUGGACGGCCAGCUCUAGGAAGAGUCUUGGUGGUUCCAAACUUCGUCCAUUUACGAACAAUGGAGGCUACUGUGUUCUUGGGGAUCUUCAAUGCUGCAGAAAUGUUUUGAUACACUUCCCCAGAUCUGUGCCUGGUUCCUUUUUUAAAGAAUAUAAAUAUGCUUUUCUGUAUCUGCUAAAAUCGUGAAUGUCUUAUUCAGUACAUUUAGUAAUUGCUUGCUUUUCUAAAGUCUACCAACAUUGCCAGCAGGCAUGCCAGCUAAGAUAGUUAGACAAGCUAGCUGAAAUGGCUUCUUGGUGACCAGCUAUAAGGUUGGGAGAUAGCAAUUUUCUGAAGUUGGCUAGGUGGCUAGGAGUAUUACAGAGAAACACCAACAAAAAAUGAAACCAAAAAAUAAUAAAACUAUUUUUUAAACAGAACAAAUCUUAGGAGGCACAAAUCUGAGGGUGUCUACUUUUAAUAACUUUUCCAGUAGGCCUUAUCCAAAAUAUUACAUAAUUACGCAUUCAAUUACGCAUUGCAUUCAAAAGUUUUUCCAUUGUGCGCUAAGCUAAACGUAGUUGCAAUAAAUAGUAAGAAACAGGCCUGGGCAUACUAUCAUGCACUGAUCAAAUACCCAAUGAGAACUAACGUCUGUUCAAAGUCUAUUUUUGAUUUACAUUUGGUUGAGUUGUCAACUAACAUGAAUUCAACGUGAAAUCAAAUAAAAAUCCAUCAUAUUCGAUUUAGGUUAAAAGUUGGGUGAGAAAAAUACGAAAUUCCCUUACGUUGAUGACAUUUUGCAAAUCCAAUCAGUUUCCAUGUUGAUUCAGCGUCAUCACAUUACACAUAUGUUUUUUAAUGACAUGUCAACAACGUUGAUUCAACCCUUUUUUGCCCAGUGUGUAGGAUCCCUGUUUUUACUGUUUCCAAUGGAUUAAGUGUAGGCCUAUAGCCGCAUCCCACUGGGCACACCACAUCAUUUCAACGUGGAUAUUUUUGUAAUAUUUGUUUGAGAUGUUGAUCAGUGAGAUUUCAAUAUUUAUUCACCCACUCAGAAAGACAGCCAAAAGUUUGUUGAAUUCCCAAUGUGUUAUCACAAUGCUCUCAAUGAGAGCCGCACACUCUAGGAGCUCAGAUGCAAAAAAAAUAAUGUCCAACGUCUUUAAAUUAAAGAUCCAGGCAGCCUCUCGUUUCAACAAUAAAUGAUCGAGGUCACCCCCUCUCCUAGGGAGGGUGACAUGUUCGAUGCCAAUAUAAUGUAGAGACGAAAUUGUUGUUGACCUGUUGAAAUUUUAUUUUAUUGAAAUGGAUAACAUGAUUGAAGAGAAAUGCACAGUUCUGCAAGGAGCUGUCAAUGAUGAUGGCAUAUUCAUUGAACUGAUGAAAACUGACCAAGCGCUCCAGGACAAGUUGUCUACAGAAAUUAAGGAACUUAAAAUCAAGAAAUUCAACCAAGACAAAAAAGACAAGGCCAAGGACAAAGGCUACUUCUGGAGAAACUCUGACAAGGGAGGUCCUGCUCCGCCUCUCCAUGACAGACGCAGGAGAGAUGCCGCUUCCUUUUGUCCACCCCCGUCUGCCCAACGCUCUUCAACCACCGUCUCAUCUGCUUCCAGUGGCAGUUAUUUAUCCAAUGAGAGACUGGGCCGACAGAAGGGCGGAGGUGGCCGUAGGCCCGCGCACCGACGAGAUGCCGCACCCGACGUGAGGAGGAUGUCGCUUCAACCAUGACAUGACCUCGGGGGAGAACAGCAGAAUUCUGAAAGAACACGGACUGGAGGAACUGAACAGAUCUGAGCUGUGCACCCUGCUGCUUCAGAAUGAUGGCUUCCUCUUACCACCAGUGUGCCACAACUACAACAACGGCGUUGGAGAGUAUGGCAAAUGCCUGGAUGGCGAGACAUGCAAGAGGCUCCACAUCUGUGAGAUGUAUCUCAGGGGUAGCUGCAACUGUCCCAGGUGCCAUGAUUUCUACGAACCCCACCCAUUAAAAAUCCUGCAGGACAAAGGGGUGCCCAACGAGCUCAUUGCCUCCCUGAAGUCGGUGUACAUGAACAUCGAGUGGUUGCAAAAGCAAGACCGUGUCAUGCAAGGCAAGGGGCAACAUCAAAGAGCUAAAGCUAAUGCAACCGCUAACACAAGUAACAAGUCUAACAGAGGCCCACUGAGCACUCACGAGGUUGCUGCAGAAACUCCAGCACCCCUAUUUCCCGCUCCUAUGCUCGCCAGACUCAGGGCGCUCCACCUCCAAGAGGUUGAGCAUGAUACUGCUACUCCUGCUGCUGCUGCCACCGCUGCCCUUAACACAAGCCAGAGGUCCAACAGACCUAGUCAAGAUAAAGCUGAAAUAUGCAUGUACUUCAUCAAAGGCAGUUGCAUACACGGUGAUAAGUGCUUUAAAGCCCACUCUACCAUGCCCUACCAAUGGGAGGUGAGGGAGGGACUAAACUGGACAGCUCUACAAGACAACGAGGUGAUUGAGAAGGACUAUUGCGACCCAGCAAAGACAUACAGUCGGGGAGUCCAGCCUGUGUGUUUCGAUACGAUGACCUGCGGCCUGAACAAAGCCCGGCGUCUCUCCACCGUCUCCUCUGUGCUACAGCCUACCUUCAUCCUCACCACGGAGUGGGCCUGGUUCUGGGAGGACGAGUUUGGAAACUGGAUCCAGUACGCAUCAGCAAUCAGUGGACACAGUGCAGCCACCAUCACCAGUGAAGACCUGGAGAAGAGGUUCCAGGAAGACAACAAGGCUGUGAUGGAGUUCACCGCAGGGUCACAGACCUAUGAAUUCAGUUUCCCUGACAUGAUUCAAACAAACAAGCAGUACACCACCAAGAAGGUUGUGAGAAGACGGCCUGUGUUUGUCUCUUCAGCUGAUGCACAAACUAUCAAAACCAGAAAAAGGGCUCCGAUCAAUCACUCAAAUUUCAGAGCUUUACCAGGACACUGGGACAAGGCACAAACCCCUGAAACAGGACACAAGAGAAUUGACCUUCCGUGCUCGUCAGUGGAGUAUAAGGAGAUUCAAGGACUUUUUCAGAACACCAUGAGAGGCUUCAGCAUCCAACAAAUCGAGAGGAUUCAGAACAAAUCCCUUUGGGAAGUCUUUCAGUGGCAAAGGGAUCUCAUGAAGAAGAACAACAGAGGGAGGAAUGUGACGGAGAAACAGCUUUUCCAUGGCACAGACUCCAAAUACCUCGAUGCCAUCUGCCUUAACAACUUUGACUGGCGGAUCUGUGGACUAAAUGGAACAACCUAUGGGAAAGGGAGUUACUUUGCCAGGGAUGCCAAAUACUCCAACAGCUACACUGGCCAAUUAAAUACGAGGUCCAUGUUUGUCUGUCGUGUGUUGGUGGGAGAUUACAUCAAAGGGCACUCGAGCUUCCUCCGGCCCCCCUCGAAGGACGGAGGGGACACCAUCUUCUAUGACAGCUGUGUGGAUGACGUCAGCAACCCCUCCAUCUUUGUGGUGUUUGAGAAGCACCAGGUGUACCCAGAGUACCUCAUCCAUUAUGGUGAGGACGAUGCAUGGUCACAAGGAUACCAGCAAUACUACCGUCCAGCUCCUGUACCUGCUCCAGCACCAGCAUACAGACCAGUGGCUGCCACAGCGCCUAGACCAGCACCAGCAUACAGACCAGCGGCUGCCCCAGUGCCUAGACCAGCACCAGUAUACAGACCAGCGCCUAGACCUGCACCAACAUACACACCAUCACCAACCCCUGCACCUAAACCAGACAGCUCCUGUGUCAUUAGUUGAGGCUGACUGCGAGGGGUGAAUUGUGAACCUUUUGAUAUUAAACCGAGGCAAAAACAUAUGCUUUUGUGAAUUAGAGAAAUGGAUUUAGCACUCUGUUAAAUGUUUGACAAAUUACAGAUAAUAUUGGGAUGCACCUUACUAUGAUUACUAGAUGUUCUGUUUUCUACAAUGCAAGCAUUUUUGUAGUGCUACUGACAUUAUAUAAUGGCAAAUUGCGAACCUCACAACAAAAGUAGUUGUGUACAUUAUAAGCUUUAUACCUUUACAGUACAGUGGUUUUACAGUAUCGGCUGAUGUGCAUCAGUUCAAUGGUUGUGCAAUUAUGAGUUUCAUUCAUUUUAUUAAUAUAAUCCAUCUGUUUUCUUUGCAUUAUUCAUGGGAGGGAGGGAGGGAGGGAGGGAGGGAGGGAGAGGGAAAUGCAGAAUGUUUACAUUCUGUCAGAACAUGUUAUGGUUAGACAUCAGAUAUCCUAUGGAAAGGAGAAAGGCCACAGUCAACAAGACAGCCAUGAGUUGGGGAGGAGUGAGGAAUUUGGGCUGAGGUCAGGUCAGGUCAGAUGAAGUGAGAAAGAACAGAAAUCACUAAAGUCCUGUCUAGCAACAGAGAUCUAUUGGCUGUCCAGAUGUGUAAGGACGGGAAGGUAUAGCAGGAAGGUUUAAAUACCAGUGCUUGUGUAAAUAUAUCUUUGUCAUUCAGUUGUUUGACCCAUUGGGUGAAUAAACUUGAUUUGAGCUUUA